AUGAGUACGGCAUCAUCAGAUCAAACAAAUAAUGAUCAUUCAACAACAUUGAAUGAUACUAUUCUACACGAAGAUGAUUUAACUGAACAAGCCAAAAAGCAUUUUCCUUAUCAUAGUGAUAUAUUUCGAGCAUUUGAAUCGUAUCGUCAAAGUGUACUUCGUAAUGAACAUAUGACACCUGUUGGUCGAACUUUUUUUCUAUCCGAACUUCAGAAUUUACACACAGAUUGUAAACGUGUUUUAAAUUAUUCAAUUGAACACAAUAAAUUUGUCGAUCAAAAUUUACCUACUAUUGGCCCAUUGCUAGUUUGUGG